UGAGUUACAAGCUUAUGUAUAAUACGGAAAAGCUUAUUCAUUUGCAUAAGCUCAAAAUUAAGCCAAACCAAACAGGCCCUAUAGGUAAGUUUAUUUGAUGUUGUAGUUAUAGCUAGGUUACUGCAAAUCAAUGUUAUAAUGGGACCCACGUGAUUUGGUGGGACCCAUGUGUGUUUUAACUAAUCGAACAGAGUGUGUGGUAAAGAGUGUGUUGCUAGCACUCCUCAAGUGUCUAUAUAUACACAGCAACUGUAGUUAGGAAAUCAGUGAAAUUAGGGUUUUUUGGGUCAUGAGAAGUGUCUCAUGUUGAAAAUGUUUAUUUUAAAGUUCUUAGUGUAAAAUCUGAAAUUUGAGAGUUUACAUUGAGUAAUGUAUGUAAUAGUAGGUAUUUGAAUGAUUAUAGGUAAAUUUAUUUGAUGUUGCAGUUAUAGCUAUGUUAGUGCAAAUCAAUGUUAAUAUGUGUAAAUCUGUUUGGAUUGACUUAUUUGAGCUUAUCUACUGGCAUAUGAUAAGAAAUUGUGAGACUGUUUGAGAGAACUUAUGAAAAUAACUCAUGGCAUGUUCAUAAACUGAUUUUAGUUUAUUUUUAUUUUUAUAAGCUCUCUAAGAUAUUUAUUAAAAAAGCUUACAUCUUAUACCAAAAUAUUCUUUUGUGAAAAUAGCUUAUACAUAAGCGGUAGCGCUUAUCAUGAUAAUCACUUAUGCAAUAAGCUGUUUAUCCAAACCAAUGUUGUCAAUCGCGGAUAGAGGAAAAUAGUCGAUUGUUAAAUUUCCGCUAUACAGUAGUGCGAUAGCGCCAUUAUAGCUGCUAUUUAACAUUUUGCACUAAAUAGCGGUUUGUCCAAGUUCCACCAUGUAUAGCACCUUACAGUGGUUGUUUAACAACUUUGAUCUAAACUGGGCUUUAAUCUCUGCCUGGGUGCUUAGAUUGCAACUUAAAGCUCUCGGAACUUCCCAAAGAGUGUGUUCUGUGAAGAUUGAACAACAGUCCUCUGCCACAAACUUAGUGCUCCUUAACCAACCUGCGCCACAACUACAAGAGAAUCCUGGAUAUGUUAAACUUGUCAUAAAGCAGCAUGGGAAACGAUGCGUAUGAUGGACAAGUUUUAGCAGAGAAGUUGCGGAAACUCAACAACUCGCAACAAAGCAUUGAAUCUGUAUCCCGAUUGUGUGUUUCUCACCGUAAGAGAGCAAAAGAUAUAGUUGAAACAUGGAAUAAAUCGUUCGGUUCUUCCCAGAAAGAGCAGCGUGUCCCUUUUCUGAACUUGGCUAAUGACAUCUUGCAAAAUAGUAGGCGGAAAGGCAGUGAGUUCGUUAAUGAAUUCUGGAAAGUUCUUCCAUCAGCUCUCAAGCGUGUUUAUGCAAGUGAUGAGCCGGGAAAGAAAUCAGUGAUCAGACUUAUUGACAUAUGGGAGGAAAGAAAGGUUUUUGGUUCGCGGUCUCAAGGUCUCAAGGAAGAAAUAACGGGCAAGAGCAAUGGAAAGAAUUCAAAUCCUAUCAAGAUAGCUAAGAGGGACGCCCACUCAUUGAGAUUAAAACUAGCUAUUGGAUGUUUGCCAGAGAAAAUAAUAACAGCAUUGCAUUUUGUAAAUGAAGAACAUCCUAAUGAGGAAGCUUCCUUGAACAAGUGUAGUGCUGCUUUAUCUCAAUUGGGUAAACUUGUAGAAGAUGUUGAAAAUACACUGUCUCAAGGAAAUCAACCAGGAUCCACUUUGGUUAAUGACUUGCAACAGCAGGAAAAGGAGCUUACACAAAAUAUAGUGCAACUUGAAAAUACUGAGGCUAUCAGGGCUACUUUGCUUUCCCAGCUUAAAGAAGCAUUGCAGGAACAGGAAUCAAGGCAAGAACUUGUUCACUCUCGAUUGCAAGCGGCACGAGACCACAUUGAGCAAGUAGCCAGUAUCAGGAAGAGGUUUAGCCAAGCACCAGAAACCACAAGGGUGCCGGAACAAACUACUCCAUCUGUUCAACUGAACAGCACCCCUCCUCCGCCUUCUUUUACUCAACCUACCAUGUCAUUUGCUCCUCUUCAAACUACUGAAGACGAUAAGAAGGCAGCAGCAGCUGCUGUUGCUGCUAGGCUUACUGCCUCUACAUCCUCAGCUCUCAUGCUCACAUCUAUUCUUUCUUCACUUGUUGCUGAAGAAGCAGCCUCCAAGAAUGGUAGUUUGAACUCUGCUGAGUUUAAUUCAGCACCACCUGGUUUCCAUCCUGAGAAAAGACCCAAACUUGAACAGCAAAUGCCUGUUUCUGAUGUCAACAGUUCUGACACCGGGAGCUCUUCUUUUUUCGCCACUUUUCAACAAUCUUCUUCGGCAAAUAUGCCACUAACACCACCAAGCAUGCAAUCCAUAUCACAAACCAAUCAAUUACAGGGUGCAUUUGCUUCAGCACCCCCUCCCCCUCCUCAUUCACAUAUGAAUCCACAAGCAAAUCAGUACGUUCAAUCUGCCGGAAUGAUGGUUGGGGGAGUUCCUUAUGGAUAUGGAUCAAACAACCUACAACCUCCACCUCCACCUCCUUUGCCUCCACAUGUGGCAAUGGGGUUAACUAGGCCCAGUAAUCAGCCAUCACAAUCACCUCAAUCACAGUCUCAGCAAGCGCAGCAGCAACAACAAUCUUCAGCUGGAGGAUUUUACAGGCCACCUGGAUUUUAUGGGCAAAUCCAUCCACCAACACCACCGGCACCGACACCUAGACAGUGAGUAUUGUUUAAAAGACGAGCAGCAAAAACUGCUGCAACUUAUGUUGUAAGUUCCUUUAGAAAAUUGUAUGCAGAGGAUUAUCUUGGAGGCUGUGUAAUAUAAUGUAUAUUACUAGAGAAUUAGUGAAUUAGACGCCGCAUUUAAUUUUGUAACGCUGUCCUCUUCUACCGCACUCUUGCAUGAGUCGUAGGUUUUAACACCAUUAGUUGAUACUUGACCAGUUAUCUAAAGGAAAGAACCAGAAUGACCUGUUGGGGCCUUCAUUAGUUUAUGGGGCACUUCAUGUGUGUGGUCCUGUUCUUGAUGAUGCAUAUUAGUAUGAACAUUAUUAGUAGUUGGUGUUUGGCACCAACUUAUAGAUGAAUUCUGAUAUGACUUUUCAGAAUCAAUUGACAAGAUAUGUUGGCAUU